UGCAGUUCAGGCCGGGCCAACGUGCAGUGCAGCUAGCUCAAGCCUCUCUCUAUAUAUAUGCAAACUUGCCAAGGCCACGUGCCUUUCUCCUUUCCUCACCGAAACGCGAGCAAGCAAAUGGAGAUCACGAGCAGCGCGAUGCUGAGGCCGGCCUACUCCGUGCCACACCGGCUGUCCGGCGAGAAGGUGCCCCUGACCGUCUUCGACCGCGCCUCCCUCGACAUCUUCGUCCCCAGCAUGCUCGCCUACCCUGCGCCGGCUCCCUCCAACGGCGCGCUCAAGGACGGCCUCCGCAGGGCCGUCGCGGCGUACCCUCACCUGGCGGGCCGCCUCGCCCUCGACCUCCGUGGCCGGCGCUACAUCCACGUCAACGACGAGGGCGUGCUCCUCAUCGAGGCCGCCGUCGGGGUCUAUCUGGCUGACGUGCUCGUCGACGGCCGCAUGGACGCACGCGUCGACGACCUGUACCCCGCCAUACCCGUGGAGAACAUUGGGGCGGCGCUGCUGCAGAUCAAGCUCAACCGCUACAGGUGCGGCGGUCUCGUGGUCGGCAUAAGCUCUCACCACCAUGCCGCCGCCGGCCACUCCAUGGGCUUGUUCUUCACCACGUGGGCCAGCGCGGUUCGCGAGGGCAAGGACUUCAUCGCGCCGACUCCUUUCCUCGACCGUGCCACGACUGCCGUGCCCCGCAGCACGCCGAAGCCCGUGUUCGACCACCGGUCCGUCGAGUUCACGGAUGCCUGUUUCGGCAAGUCAUACGCCGUCGUCCCCAUGGACAGGAUCAGGAACUUCACGGUGCACUUCACGGCUGACUUCAUCGCCAACCUCAAGGCCCGUGUCGGCGUCGGCGUCGACGUCCGUUGCAGCACGUUCCAGUGCUUGUUGGCGCACGUUUGGAAGAAGAUCACGGCAGCGCGGGACCUGAACCCGGAAGGGUUCACCAAGGUCAGGGUGGCCGUAAACUGCAGGAGCAGGGCCAACCCUCCCGUGCCCAUGGACUUCUGCGGGAACAUGGUGCUCUGGGCGUUCCCGAGGCUUCAGGUCCGGGAACUCCUGAACUGGAGCCACGGCAGCGUGGUUGGUGCUAUUCGUGACGCCGUGGCGCGCAUCGACGACGAGUACAUCCAGUCGUUCGUGGACUACGGCGCCGUGGCGGACGCGGGCGGGGAGGAGCUCGUGGCCACGGCUGCCGAUGCCGGCACCAUGUUCUGCCCGGACCUGGAGGUGGAUAGCUGGCUCGGGUUCAGGUUCCAUGAGCUCGACUUUGGCACCGGGGCGCCGUCCGCGUUCGUGCCGCCGGACCUGCCUAUCGAGGGGCUCAUGAUCUUCGUGCCGUCGCGCAUGGCCAAGGGCGGCGUCGACCUCUUCAUGGCCAUUGCGGAGGAGCACGUCGCGUCGUUCGAGCAGAUCUGCUACUCCUUGGAUUGAUCAGGCCAUCGAUCUGUCGCUUGCAUGUCGUAAACAGCGUCACCUUUAUUAUCUACUCCGACGGUGAGGCAGGCUGACUUCGAAUUCAAAUCACCAUCCCAAUGUUAAGUGACUUUGUAUUACAUUUAUCUAAACGUUUUUUAACCU